UUAAUGAGGUCGUGUUCAAAACUUUCCAGACGCCGGUACUCCUCUCAGACCAUUUGCAACAGAUUCACUGACAGUGCUGUCUUCUGUAUAACGUUAACACCAAGGAGCAAGCGAUGCAUAGAAAAGUUCCUGGAUUAACGCAGAAUUAGCACAAAGCAGGGACGCCACCUCAGCCCAACAUUGCAACUAGCGGAGAGAGGAAACGAUUGAGGGAGAAGCAGUGUGCAGCAGAAACUAAGACGCAUACCCCAGCAGCUCAAGACGAGUUCCAGAGAGCACAGAGACAGGCCAGGACGGGCAUCCUUCCGGAAAGGGGACCCACGCCGAAGAGAGCUUCAAAAGCAUGGAGGAAAAACAAUUUUCUGGCAUACUGAAUGGAGCAGUUCCAGGAGAGCCAGUAAAGAAAGAUGAAAACUCCAGAAGGGGAAACUGGGGCAACCAGAUUGAGUUUGUCCUCACCAGUGUUGGCUACGCAGUGGGGCUGGGAAACGUCUGGAGGUUUCCUUACCUCUGCUACAGGAAUGGAGGAGGUGCCUUCAUGUUCCCAUACUUCAUCAUGCUGGUGUUUUGUGGCAUCCCUCUGUUCUUCCUGGAGCUCUCUUUUGGGCAGUUCACCUCCCUCGGGUGCUUGGGAGUCUGGAAGGUCAGCCCCAUGUUUAAAGGUGUGGGCUAUGGAAUGAUGGUGGUCUCGACCUAUAUUGGGAUUUACUACAAUGUGGUGAUUUGCAUUGCAUUUUAUUACUUCUUCAUGUCCAUGACAAACCUGCUGCCCUGGACGUACUGUAACAACCCCUGGAACACCCCUGACUGCGCUGGAGUGGUGGGCACUCCACGAGCUAACGCCACCUUCGCCAAUGUGUCUGCUGUCGUGUCAGGGGUGACUGAGAUAGUCAACCGCACCAAAAGGACCAGUCCUAGUGAAGAGUACUGGAGGAACUAUGUGCUGAAUGUCUCUGAUGGUAUUGGGGACUUCGGGGAGGUGCGUCUACCUAUCCUGGGCUGUCUAGCUGUAUCAUGGGUAGUUGUGUUCCUCUGUCUUAUUCGAGGAGUCAAGUCAUCAGGCAAGGUGGUGUAUUUCACAGCAACCUUCCCUUAUGUGGUGCUGACCAUUCUCUUCAUCAGAGGAAUCACUCUGGAAGGAGCCGUCAGUGGUAUCAAAUACUAUUUGACCCCUCAGUGGGAGAAAAUUCUAGAUGCCAAGGUAUGGGGGGAUGCUGCCUCUCAGAUUUUCUAUUCACUGGGCUGCGCCUGGGGUGGGCUUAUCACCAUGGCAUCAUAUAACAAGUUCCACAAUAACUGUUUUAGAGACAGUAUCAUCAUCAGUGUAACAAACUGUGGUACCAGCGUGUAUGCUGGCUUUGUUAUUUUCUCCAUCCUGGGAUUCAUGGCUAAUCAUCUGGGGGUGGAUGUGUCAGAGGUGGCCGAUCAUGGGCCAGGCCUGGCAUUUGUGGCCUACCCGGAGGCCCUAACAUUGCUGCCCAUAUCACCACUCUGGUCCCUGCUGUUCUUCUUUAUGCUCAUUUUAUUGGGCCUUGGUACUCAGUUCUGUCUACUGGAGACUUUGGUGACGGCUGUAGUAGAUGAGAUUGGAACUGACUGGAUUAUCAAAAAUAAGACCUAUGUCACACUGGGAGUCGCUGUAAUAGGAUUCCUCCUGGGAGUGCCGCUGACCACACGGGCAGGAAUAUACUGGUUGCUGCUUAUGGACAACUACGCUGCCAGUUUCUCUCUGGUCAUCAUCUCUUGCAUUAUGUGCAUCUGUAUAAUGUAUGUCUAUGGCCACAAGAACUAUUUUAAAGAUGUGGAGAUGAUGCUAGGCUUCCCUCCUCCAGUCUUCUUCAGGAUCUGCUGGAGAUUUGUGUCGCCUUUCAUUAUUACUUUUAUUCUGAUUUUCACCGUGAUACAGUACAAGCCCAUUACCUACAAUGACUAUGUGUACCCCAGCUGGUCAUUGGUCAUUGGGUUUCUCAUGGCUUUGUCUUCAGUCAUCUGUAUACCUAUCUAUGCUCUGUUCAAGAUAGCUGUGUCUGAAGGAUCCACAUUUUUAGAGCGUUUGAAGAACUCCGUGAAGCCUGACCCAGACUGGGGCCCGGCUCUCCAGGAGCACCGCAAGGGCCGAUACGCCACUACAGGCCCUGAGUCAGUGGAGGUGUGCCCUCUCAAAGAAGACCUGAAGGAUGAGGGUAAAGAGAAACUCAAGGAGAAAGAGGAUGAGAUCGGUUUGACCAUCCCAGGAAGCAACGGCUCCACAUUAAACCCCUCACCAAGCGCAUAGAGGAGCCCCUCCCCACCCUCCCCCCAGGACGGUUCCCAUUCCCACACUGCGGGACAGGCCACUCUCGCUGGAGACCUUUACAUAUUGUAAGGGCUUUAUGAAAUCUAACCUCUAGAGAAAUUGGUUGUCAUCCAAAACCUUUUUCUUUUUGUUCACUUAAUUUAAUACUGCAGUUUAUUUUUUUUUUAAAGACAAGAAAAAAGACAUGUUCAUAUACAAGAGGUGUUUGCAUACACGCAGUGUGUAUAUAGCGCAUUGUACAAUAUUUUCACUCUGUGUUGAGUAGUCUGGAAAUGUGACUGUAGCGGCAGCAGAAGCUACAGUUGGACUUGGCGUAUGUAUAGUGGCGGCAGUGCUGGUCAGGUUUAAUAGCUGAAGACCAAAUAUUCUUUGUGGUAAUGUUGUAAUGGCACUGUUAAAUGGAGUGUUAUUUUCAGUUUCUGUUUUGUACCCAUUUUCUUGUUUGGGGACCAUCUCAUUCUCAAGCCAAUAUGGGGUUUUCAAUGGCCAAUGUUGGUGUCUGAGAGCAGGGUGGCUGAUGGUCAGUGUAAUGCCAGUACAUGAUAUAAUGCAUGUUAAAUGACCUUUUAACACCAUAAUAACUCAAAAUCCACCUAAAACUACAAAACAGAACAUCUAUUAUCCAUUGACUAGAUUUCCAGUCAAUUUUGGAGCUAACACUUUUGUUAACUGGCCAAGUAGACUGGCUGAUACCGAUAAAUAAGCAUAGGCCAAGAGAAUAUCAACUUGAUUUCCAUUUAAGUGAGAGCACAAAUACAAAACAAAGGAUAUUUGGUCUUAAGCUCUUACUGACUGAGGUAUCUGGACCGAGGCAUAUAACUUCUCAAGCCCAUUCUCAGGGUUACAAACAGGGUUGUUUUUUGCAAAACAUUUUCCAACACCUUGAGAUGAUUUAUUGCUGAUGUUGAGUGUUUGACAUGAAGGAGAGGGGUUUUCAUGUAGGAACUUCCACAUGAAAUGCCAAAUCUGUGUAGUCUUCCGGGCAUCUCGAGCCGAGGCAUCUCCUGAGCGAGGGGAGCAUGUGUGCGAUAAAAGAAGCAGCUAGUUCCUCAUUAGAUUCAGUACUGUAGUAUGCACACUAACCCCGCUCUACACGGAAAAAGAGGCAUGUUACCAAAAACAUGUGCACAGGCCUUUGUGUUCUGAUUUAGUUGGUAUGUUUGUGUGUAUUUUUUGUUGUCUGUGUGUGUUAAGAGACUUGAACUGGUGUGUAUGUGUCAUUUAAAGGCAUCUGGCUGUGCUGAGCUGAACGGUUGUGUCAUCGAACACUGAAAAAAGAGGUAACUCAAGGUUGCAUGUGGAAUGACCAGAAGUAAACGUAGCAUCAGUCAAAAAUCACUGUGGUUAGUUAGUGAAAUCGUUGGGGAAGUCAGCUUUUUUGGCCUAGUAUUUUAAAACAACAUUAAAUAGACUUGCUAGACAAAUAAAAGGUCAAACUAUCCAAUUUUUACAAUAGAAACCACAGCAUUUUAUGGUAAUGUGGUGCAUUCUGUUUCGUUCUGGUUUUGUAGAGAGGAGAUAUACUGGUAUGGAGAAUUUUGGUCAUAUUGUUGGUAUGGCUAGAUGCCGCAUAUCAUAUAAUUUCAGUGAUGUUUCAACAAGGCCCCUUUACUUAUGAUGUAUACGGUUGUAGUGGAACAUAUACUUGGAUGAAGAGUCCUGGUUACACUGUGAAUUUGUCUGGGAUGUCGCCUGACGCCUUUUAACAGGGAGUCUGGCUAUGCAGCUGCUAAUGUGCUGACGCAUCACGUAUUGAGACUUCUGAUUAAACAUUGAAUCUCUGUAUAUAGUCAAGACAAAAUAGUUUAUUUGGUAUUUCUCUCCUGUGUUGUGCGAGGAGAAAUGCAAUAUGUGACGUGCUCCUUCAUUUUGAGUCGGAAUGAGGCAAAGAAAUGCUUUGUUGCAUUCGUUUUGAUAAUACGAAGUUUGAUAAUACAAAGUCUCAGCUUUCAAAUUAGCUUAAUUUAAUUAUGAAAUUCGAACAUGUCAUUUUGAUGUCAUAAGUUAUGUUUCCAUCGCCCUAUUUUAAUGCGCAUUUUGAAGUAUCGCAUGAGAAACGAGUGAUGGAA